UCGUCAGGUAUUGGUCCGGCCGACUGGCGGCGGCUCUCCUCAGUCUCGACCUGCCGAGCGAACCAGCGUGGACUCACCACUCUGUGGUGGCACACAACUGCAGCGACACAGAGGUCAGAGGUCGCCUGAAGCACCCGCCUGAUGGAUCCUGGGGUCGGUGUCACCGGUUAAGUCAAAGGAGAUUUCUCAAUGCCACUGUGACAGGAACACAAGGAUCAUGCCAUCUCACCGCAGGGGAAAGAGUCUCUCUGACGCUCUCACCCUGGAACACUCAGAAGAAGGAGGCCUGGUCAUUUCCAACAUCAACAAAAACGCUUCAGGCAAUCAGGGUCUCAAGAAAGGCGAUGAAAUUUUGGGGGCUACCAUAGAUUUUGAUCAACUGUCCAAAGAGGAGGUGUUAAACGUACUGAAGGUGAUGGAACCAUUUGACAACAAUGUCCGGGUCCUCACCAGGGGCAACCUGAGCAAGAGCCUCGGAAAUCUGGACCAGUGUGCCAACAAGAGUCCCAAGAUGAUGCUAGAGGAGUCCUACAGCAAACUCUAUAAUGCCAAAAUCAAGAAGUUUAUGAGGAGGGACUUGCUGGAUGCUGAGGAAGGCGGUGAAAACUCAGAGGCAACUGUAGCAGACUCAUCCAAGAUCAGCCUUAAACAUGACAUGGGCUUGCCUCGCCUCGGCGUUGACUUUGGACUUCUGAAAAACAACAGACGCCAACAUUCAGAAUCCGGUGAUGAUGCUGAUUCAGAAUCUGAUGAUGCAACAUUUUCGGCUGGAACAAAUAGCAGCAAUCUGAAUCUGCCACCACUGGGUCUCGGCUUGAGCGGGGCUGCUCCAAGUGGAGCUCCGGUACCAAGAUUGAGAGUCAAGUCUAGAAGUUCCCAACUUAACGCUCCUGACUUCCAUUCAUCGGGAACAUUACCAGAAGGUCAAAAUGUAUACGGUGCAGCUGGUAUACAACUGCCAAAGACUCACGGUCUAUCCGUUGACCUGACAAAGUCAAAUCUUGAAAGACCUCAUAUCGGACUGGAAGGCAAAGGAACGUCUAGAGUCCCAGAUCUUAGUACCCCUGAAAUGGGGAUAAACUUCAAUGGGGGUAAUAUCUCUGGUCCAUCGUUUAACACUAGUGUUCCCAAAGUGAGCAUUGAAGGAACUGAAAAAGAAUUCAAUAUGCCAAAAUUCAAAGUGCCAGACCUGGGCCUCUCUGGACCUUCUUUCAGUGGUACAGAAGGUACGUUCAAGACACCAGAUGUCAAAAGCCGAGUCUUUCCAAAGAUUGAUCUUAAAUCUCCAGAUUUAGGUGUCGAUGCUCCAGCUGGUAAACUCACGAUACCCAAAUUUGGAUUUUCAGGGAAUGGUGAGGCUGAUGUUAAAAUGCCUGACUUAGGUCUCAAAUCACCAAAAAUGAAAGGUGAGAUUCGUUCACCUGAUAUGAGUCUUUCCAAAGCCGACCUAAAUGGUCAGUCUGCAAAAUACACGGCUCCUAAAUUUAAAAUGCCAAAAUUUGAUUUACCAGACAUUCAAGUUCCAGAUUUUAAUAGAAACUUUGAGGGACCAGAUGUGCAUUUGUCUGCACCAGAUCUCAAAGCUGGAAUUGAGGACCCAAAUGUUGGCUUACAUUUACCCACAGCUGACUUGGACGUUGCAAGCCCAUCAGGAAAACUCAAAAUGCCACGCUUUGGGCUAUCUGGGAAUAAAAUUAAAGGCCCUGAAUAUGAGUUAAAAACUCCAGACAUGGAUGUAUCUGCUCCAAGGUUUAAAGGGGGCAUUGAUUUACCAAGUGUUGGUCUCAAAGACCCAAAGCUAGGCUUCAAUACCUCUGAUGUGGAUAUUAAUAUGCCUUCUGGUAAAUUGGACCUUGAUGCACAUUCUCCCUCUGGCAAGCUUCAUUUGCCAAAAUUUAAGCUCUUUGGCACAUUGCCAAAGAAUAAAGAUGUGGAUAUCAAUGCAGGGAUUAACACACCUGACCUAACGCUUAAAUCCCCAAAGAUAAAAGGCAUAGAUGCUCCAGAUGUGAGUGUGCCAAACAUGGCUCUCAAAGGUCCAAAUUUUGACGUCCAUGCUCCAGAUGUAAACAUUGGUUCACCCAAAGGGAAACUAACAAUGCCAAAUCUGAAAAAACCAAGCUUCGACCUGUCAGGUCCAAAGGGGGCAAACAUUGAUGUGGAUGCAUCUCUAAAAAGACCAGACCUGCAAUCAGGUGGUCUUGGUGUUGAUUUGUCUAAGCCUGGGUUUGGCAUGGAUAUGCCUACACUUGAUUUGAAUGGUCCAAGGUCAAAGCUGGAAAUGCCCAAUGCUGAUAUCGGAAGUCCAUCAGGAAAAAUGAAAAUGCCAGGUUUUACAAUGCCAGAUUUUGGAUUGUCAGGACCGAAGCUGAACAAGUUCGGUGGUGAGAUAAAGACUCCAGACUUUGAUCUUUCAGCCCCUAAAUUCAAAGGGGCUGUUGGUUCCCCAGAUUUGAAUUUGCCUGAGAUGCACCUUAAUAAACCGAAACUAGAUCUUUCUGGUCCAGAUGUCAACUUAGAUAUGCCCUCUGGUAAAUUAAAUGUACCAGCAAUGAAGAAACCAAAGGUUAACUUGAAUGCUCCUGACAUGCAUAUUAAUGCUCCCUCAAGCAAAUUUAAAAUGCCUAAAUUUGACCUUUCAGGCACAUUGCCAAAGGGACCAAAUUUGGACAUAAACACAAAUCUGGAAUCACCAGAUCUAAGUUUUAAAUCUCCAAAGAUAAAAGGUGGAAUUAAUGCCCCUGAUUUGGACUUACCAAACAUGGACCUUAAAGCCCCCAAGUUAGACGUAAACAUGCCAGAUGUCAACAUUGGUUCACCGAAAGGAAAGUUCAAAAUGCCAAAAUUGAAAAAGCCUAAAUUUGGAAUGUCAGGUGCAAAGAUAGAUAGUCCUAACUUGAACCUCAAAUCCCCUGAUCUAGAUCUGUCUGGUCCUGACCUGAGUGGUAGAAUAAAUGCACCAGACCUAAACAUGCCCAAGGUUGAUCUCAAAAGCCCCAAUUUGGACCUCAAUACCCCAAAGCUCAAUUUAGACAUGCCAUCAGGUAAACUGAAAAUGCCAGAGCUCCAUGCCCCAGACUGGGAUGUAAAUGCUCCCUCGGGCAAAUUGAAAAUGCCUAAAUUUAAUCUUUCAGGCACAUUGCCAAAAGGACCAAAUAUGGACUUAAACACAGAUCUGAAUUCACCAGAUUUCAGUCUCAAAGCUCCAAAGAUAAAAGGUGGAAUUAAUGGCCCUAACUUGGACUUCCCAAACAUGGAUGUUAAAGCUCCAAAGUUAGAUGUUAAUACUCCAGAUAUCAACUUUGACUCACCCAACGCAAAACUGAAAAUGCCUCAUUUGAAAAAGCCUAAUUUUAACUUCCCAGGCUUUAAAGGGCCUGGUAUUGACGGGAACAUAGAUGUCCCAGAUGUAGAUGUAAAUGCACCCAAUGUCAACCUCAAAGGUCCUAAAGCUGACUUAGAUGUUGAUAUUGCUGGUCCAGCAGGAAAAUUCAAAAAGCCAAACUUGAACCUGCCUAAUUUUGGACUGUCUGGUCCAAAUAUAGAUGGUCCUAACUUUAACCUCAAAUCUCCUGAUUUAGAUCUGUCUGGUCCGGACCUGGGUGGUAGAAUAAAUGCACCAGAUCUAAACAUGCCCAAGGUUGACCUAAAAAGCCCCAAACUGGACUUUAAUACCCCAAAGCUCAACUUAGACAUGCCAUCAGGAAAACUGAAAGUGCCAACACUGCCAAAACCAAAGGUAGAUCUUCAUGCUCCAGACUGGGAUGCAAAUGCUCCCUCGGGCAAUUGGAAAAUGCCUAAAUUCAAUCUUUCAAGACCAAAUAUGGACCUAAAUGCAGAUCUUAAGUCACCGGAUUUGAGUUUGAAAGCUCCUAAGAUAAAGGGUGGAUUUGAUGCUCCUGACUUACCAAACAUGGGCCUUAAAUCACCCAAGUUGGAUUUAAACGCGCCAGAUGUCAACAUUGGUUCACCCAAAGCAAAAUUCAAAAUGCCCAAAUUGAGAAGGCCUAAAUUUAGUCUUCCAAGCCUUAAAGGACCUGACAUUGAUGGACAGUUAGAUGGCCCAAAUGUUGAUGUGAAUGUACCCAAUGUCAACCUCAAAGGUCCUAAAGCUGACUUAGAUGUUGAUAUCGCUGGUCCAUCAGGAAAAUUUCAAAAGCCCAACUUUAACCUGCCUGAUUUGGGGCUGUCUGGUCCAAAGUUAGAUGGUCCUAACUUGAACCUCAAAUCACCUGAUCUAGAUUUUGGUGGUCCCAGCCUCAGUGGUGGUCUAAAUGCUCCAGAUCUAAACGUGCCCAGGGUUGAUCUCAAAAGCCCCAAACUGGACUUCAAUACCCCAAAGCUCAACCUAGACAUGCCAUCAGGAAAAAUGAAAAUGCCAACACUGCCAAAGGCAGAUUUUCAUGCUCCAGACUGGGAUGUUAAAGCUCCCUCAGGCAAAUUGAAAAUGCCUAAAUUUAAUCUUGCAGGCACAUUGCCAAAGGGACCAAAUUUGGAUAUAAACUCAGAUCUAAAAUCGCCAGAUCUAACUCUUAAAUCUCCAAAGAUGAAAGGUGGUAUUCGUGGCCCUGACUUGGACUUACCAAACAUGGACUUUAAAGCUCCUAAAUUAGACGUGAACACUCCAGAUGUCAACAUUGGUUCACCCAAAGGAAAGUUCAAAAUGCCAAAAUUUAGAAGGCCUAAAUUUAGUCUUCCAACCCUUAAAGGACCUGAUAUUGAUGGCCACUUAGAUGGCCCAUAUGUAAAUGCACCCAAUGUCAACCUUAAAGGGCCUAAAGCUGACUUAGAUGUUGAUAUUGCUGGUCCAUCAGGAAAGUUCAAAAAGCCAAACUUUAACCUGCCUAAUCUUGGACUGUCUGGUCCAAAAAUAGAUGGUCCUAACUUGAACCUCAAAUCACCUGAUCUAGAUCUGUCUGGUCCUGACCUGAGUGGUGGUAUAAAUGCUCCAGAUCUAAACAUGCCCAAGGUUGAUCUCAAAAGCCCCAAACUGGACUUUAAUACCCCGAAGCUCAACUUAGACAUGCCAUCAGGAAAACUGAAAAUGCCAACACUGCCAAAACCAAAGGUAGAUCUUAAUGCUCCAGACUGGGACAUUAAUGCUCCUUCAGGCAAAUUGAAAAUGCCGAAAUUUAAUCUUUCAGUUAACUUACCAAAAGGACCAAAUGUGGACAUUAACACAGAUCUGAAUUCACCCGAUUUUAAGCUGAAGGGACCAAAGGGUGGAAUUGGUGGCCCUGACUUGGACUUGCCAAACAUGGACCUCAGAGCUCCAAAGUUAGAUUUUAACACUCCAGAUGUCAACAUUGGCUCACCCAAAGCAAAGUUCAAAAAGCCAAAACUGAAAAUGCCUAAAGUUAAUUUACCAAGCCUAAAAGGCGCUGAGUUCGAUGGCAAUUUAAAUGGCCCAGACAUUGACAUCAAUGCACCCGAUGUCAACCUCAAAGGUCCCAGAACUGAUUUUGAAAUGCCAGAUGUUGAUUUCGGCGGACCAUCUGGAAAAAUUAAGAAGCCACAUAUGAAAAUGCCCGAUGUGGGAUUUUCUAGUCCAACCUUAGAUGGCCCAAACUUUGACUUUAAGACACCACAUCUUAAUGCCAAAUUACCGAGAGGAGACUUAAAAUAUCCAGAUUUGAAUCUCAAAGCUCCAAAUAUGAAAGGUGGAAUAGAUAUUCCCAAGUUGGGCUUACCAAAUGUAGACCUUAAAGCUCCAAAGUUCGAUAUGAAUACUCCAGAUGUGAAUAUCGAUUUACCUGAUGCAAAGCUCAAAAAACCAAAAAUCCAGAUGCCAAAAAUCCCAAAUGUUGAUUUAAAUGGAGACCUACAGGGACCUGACCUGAACAUGCCACAUGUAGACUUUAAUGGUCCGAAAGGAAAAUUAAAAAUGCCAAGUUUAAACGCACCAGACUUAAGUCUCUCUGGACCCAAGGCAAGAAUACCAGACAUGAACUUUUCAGGACCUAAACUGAAAGGCCCUGGAAUAAGUGUGCCAGAUGUAAAUUUGCCUGAUGCAAGCUUCAAAGGUCCCAAGUUAAACCUCAAUGCAAAACGACCUGAUCUAGGAAUAGAUGGUCACAUAGGGCGACCCAACAUGAACUUUAAUGCCCCUCAAAUCAAAGGAGGAAUAAGAGCCCCAAACUUUGACAUGAAUGUUCCCUCCGGAAACUUCCAGAGUCCACAACUGAAUCUAAAACCAUCUGAAUUCAAGGGGAAUAUCACAGGUCCAAACAUUGAUCCCCGCAUGUCUAACGUGGUAAUGAGGAAUCCACAGCUGCAUUUCAAAUCUCCAGAUCUCAACAUUGAUGAUCCUUCCCUUAAUUUCAGAGGACCAUCUUACAAUAAUCGCCGAUCGGAUAUGACGGGUUUGAGCAUGAGAACUCCUGAUCUGGACAUAGACGGAGAUGCCAGACUCCAUCACACUGAUAGAAGGUCACAUAGGACCAUGGUACACAGCUUCCCUGUGGUGGAUGCAGGUUUUGCCCAACAUAUUGAUUUCAACCAUUCAGAUCUCAACAUUGAUGAUUUCACAGGAAGGCAUCAUGUACUGGUGGGUAGAGGCUCAACACUGGACCACCAGGCAUCUCACAACUAUAGACAGGUGAUCUCCCCGUCGGGAGGUAAUAUUAACAUGAGGGACCCCAUACACACCAGAAGAAUCCCAGCUGGUGACACUGGUGUAUAUUCAAAGGGCCAGAGAAUGAUCCAGCAUGACGCUAAUGCGCGUUUGCCACAUUUUUCUCAUGAUUCAAGAAUAAGGGUACCCGACAGUUCAGACGGAUACUACGUCACUGCCUUUCCCACUCAAACACAAAAUCAAAACAUUCCAAAUCGCAAAUACAACACACUUGGUGGGCUUGAUUUUCGCUCGGGAAACAUGCAACUUGAAGUUCCCAGUGACAAAGAUCGGAGAGGGUCGUCCUUUUUGUCCGAUCUUAUGUAAUUGUCAAAUCACUGGUUCCCACAAGCGAUGCCAACAGUUUAUUUUAGUAUGUUUUGUUUUAAUUAGGUUGAUUUUUUCUUGUUUGUUUUGUUGUUGUAUGAUUUAUAAUUUUUAUGAAAUGUGUCACCUUGUGCCUCCGGGAGAUUUUUGUGUACAUGAAGCCACUCCUGUAGCUCUGUAAUGAUGCAAAUGACAUUAUAAGCCACUUUCUUGCACUUAUUUCAUGUGUAUAUUUAAACUAUUUCAUGUUUCGUAACUGUGAUAAAAUAAGUUUUUAUGUUUAUUAAUGUUAAGGCUUCUCAUUUUUUAUGACACCCAAAGGAUGCAAAAUCCCUAAUUUUUUUUACUACUGACGUUACAAGUUCAGGAGGAAACUUGUAAAUCCAAGAAACCUGUUGGAUGUGAUCACAAGUAUAAAGAAAGGAAAUUGUUACGUGUUAAAAUAUACAAAUUUGCUUAUUUUUCUAUUCUAUUGUACAUAUGUUGAUUUCGGGGGAAAAAAAUCCACUAUAUUUUAUAUUCACUGCAGAUGUAUAUAGUUGAGUUUUUUUGUGUUUGAACAUUACCGAAACUGAAAUUUUGAGCAAUAAAAUAAUAAUGAUAUUAUUGAAUCACUAUACUGUAUGUUUAACUGAAUAAACUGCCAUUUUAAAAGGUCA